AUGAAUGCUAUCGAAGAUUAUUUGCUCUCGUUACCAGAUGGCCAUCCGCUUCAAGUCUCUAUUCGCACAUAUUCACUAGCGUUAUCACUUAGCCUCGGUCCGGCUUUACUUUCUUUCAUAGUGUCUCCCAAGGCUCGCUCCAAAGGUGUCCUUGGACUUCAAACAAUCGUAAAGCGCGAGUUGAAGAUUACAAGCUUCCCUUUCGCUAUUACCGUCGCUAUCGGUGGCGGCUCCGCUCUCCAAUACCUGUGGAAGAGACUCGAAACUGACCUAGACGACACCCUUGCUUCACCCAAACAACCGUGGAGCCCGCGAUUCGGACGACUUGCCAACCAGCUGCAAGCACUCAAAGAAUACAUAUCGUCCAUCUCUCAAGAGCGGAAGACGUUCGCAAUAUAUGCGUGCUCGUCGUUUGUGGCCAUCGUGCUUAUGCAGGCGCGGCGGCUAUCUUCGAAGAAACUCGGGAUCACUAUGCCGUUGAUCUCUACAUCUCGCAGGAAUGUCACGGGCCGCACUUCGGCCACGCUGGAUUUAACGCUGUUACUUCUGGUUCGUGCACUGGAUGCCGCGGUACAACAUGUUGUGUUCAAACGCGUCGGGGAGGAGCACGAUGAUGCGCGAAGGUGGCGGCAGCACAUCACGACCAAAAUCGAUGCAAUGGUUUUCUGGGCCAGCAGUGCAAGACUUCCGAGCUCUUAUAUGAAGUGGAUCACCUCCAUGGCGAAUAUAGACCCUCGUCUCUCCAGUGGACUCCGCGCCAUUCGUUCGGGCCAAUGGUCGUAUAUCAACGGAACAAAGCUGCAACCGAACAUGUUGGCCACGCUUUCGCAGGACCUUGGUUAUCCUGCCUCCUGGGGCACACCAUUGAGUGUCCCUGCAUAUGGUGGGUCAAUGGCCAAUGCUUCCUGGAAGGCGCUAGGUGUUUCUGGCCGCGAUGGUGUAGGAGGAGUUCCCUGCGAAAUCAUCCACGGGACUGGUGGUGUAAGCUGCACAGGCAAUGCGAUUUUUCGUGCCCAGCACGCAUUCCUAAAGGCUGUAGCUAUCUAUCUUCCUGUUCACUUCAUACCAAUCCUCCUCACUCGCCCUCGCUCGCUCCUCCGCCUCCCGGAGAUUUUCCGAUUGCUCAUAGGUGCCGUACGUAGUGCUUCAUUUCUAUCCACCUUCGUGUCUUCGAUCUGGAUGGCCAUCUGCCUGACCCGCACGCACCUCAUCGCCCGUUUGCUCCCAAAAAUAUCUCAUGACUUCUACGAUGGUCCUUUCGGGUGCAUCAUGGCCGGCUGCCUCGCUUGUGGAAGUAGCAUCUGGAUCGAAAAUGGUCGCAGGAGGGGAGAGAUGGCGCUGUAUGUUUUGCCAAGGGCUAUUAGAGCAUGCUUGCCCAACACAUGGGCUCGAAGUGGGAAAGGCAGCGUAUAUGCACUCGAAAGGAUUGCAUUUACAUUGUCACUUGCUCAUCUACUCACUUCGGGAACAUAUCGUAUGGAUACCAACCGAGGAUUGGCUCGGUGGACACUGAACUUUGUUCUAAACGGUCCGAAUGCUGCAUUUCGGAAACAACAGGGCUAGAAAGCCGAAUCUACUGGAACAUAUUAGCAGAAGAGUUCGCAUAUUCCCUUAUGACAGGACCUACUACAUUGAUACCUGAUGAUACUGAAACACAAAAUUUAUUAGCUAUAAUCCUUUUGACAU